AUGAACCAGGACGAAGAACACCAUGUCAAUCGCGACGGCCAGUUUUAUGUGCGCCAAGGACAGGUUCUGAAAGAUAGAUAUAGACUCAUUUACGAACUCGGACAAGAUUCAAUCGGUAUAUUUUGGUUAUGCCAUGAUCAAUUCGACAAUGCCGCGCAGUGGAAGACGGUACAGAUUAUCGAGUCAGACAUCGACGGCGCAGAGCGGGGAUGUCGACUAGCAGCCAAAGUCUCGAAAAUGGACGGUCAAAACAGCAAUGCUGAACAACGAAAUAUUUACUGGCCUCUUGAUCAUUUCGUACUAGAAAGCCAUCAUGGCCGAUGUCUGUGCUUGGUGACUGGAGUCAUGGGCCCAAGCAUAUUGGACAUGGCAUUUGACGACCCAGAGUUAAUACGAUCCGUUUGUUCGCAAAUAUGUAAAGGGUUACAAUUCCUGCACAAUAAUGGCGUGCGCCAUGGCAACAUCCGGCCUUCGAACAUUCAUCUACAAGUUAGCGAAAAGAUCCAGGAUAUCGCCGAAGCCGAGAUGCUGACAAUACUUGGGACGACGGAAGCCCAAGAGAAUUAUUCUCAAGAUCGUCCUCAAGGGAUAAAAUGGCCAGAACGACUGCAGAAUUUGUUGAUUCCAGACGAAGUAUGUAUCGGUGGACUUGAGUCGACUUCCGUUGCUUCUCACCCAGUCAUGGUGUCAAAAAGCGCAUUGAGGUAUGCUUCCCCAGAACUCUUGUUGGGGAUGGGAUCUGGAUUUGGUACAGACAUUUGGUCUCUUGCUUGCACGAUUGUCGAGAUUCGGACCGGCCAAAGCCUCUUUGGUGGAUGUAGAUCUGCGGAAACAAUGGUGGCAGGCUACGAACGUUACUUGGGGCCUUUACCAGAACUACAUAAGGCUACCUGGCAGCAAGUAUCAGCUACUGAUCGCGAGCGAAUAUAUGAUGAUGCAGCCGAGAGAGAUUCUGACGUCGGAACCAACCGUGGAGGGAAGGAUACAGUCAAAUGCGAGGGGCAGAAUGCCGAAAUGGAUUCCAUCUACGCGGCAAUCGCAAGAGACAUGUUGGCAAAGAAACAAAAUUUGCAAGACCGGCACGGUGGCGACGAAACCAAGGCAAUUGCGUACCGGUUGUCAAAGGCAGAGGUCCUCAUCUUGGGCGAUCUGUUGUGCAGGAUGCUCAAAUACAAAGAAGAAGAAAGAUUGGCAAUUGGCGAAAUCAUUGAACACUCGUGGUUUUCAUCCAAGUUUCGCAGGUUUGCCCAGGUGCAGGUCGAACAAACUACAUUGAUUAACCCUAGCAACGAAAAUGCACAAGUCAUCAUCAAUGGGGAAAAUCAAAAAGUCCGAAGGCGUCUGACAGUUGUGGAGAGAAAGGGGAGCUCUAGACUUGAGAUGGACAACCACCAGAUUACCCGAUCAAAGCAAACAAGAGCUUCGCGGUUAGGGCACGCCUCCAGAUUUGAUCUGAUGAAUACUGGAAUAGGCGGGUUCAUCUUGGGGUUGGGCAUUGCAACCGUCUUUUGGACUCUGUUGAUCAUGGUCAAAUUGAAGCCAGUCACUGGCCAGUCAUUUUGGGCCCUUGAUACAAUGGUUGUGGAGCGUAUUGCGGAUUCCGUCUUUAGAAUUUGA